AUGACCCUGCAGCAGCCGCCCCUAGCCCUGAAAGGGGGCUCCCCCCCGGCUCUGUACAUUCACAGCAUGCCUGCCUGGGUGCUGGAGGAUUUCUGCCAGAAGAUGGACUGCCUGAGUGACUACGACUGGAUGCGAUUUGCCUCCUACGUGAUAACUGAUCAAACAGAGCUACGGAAAAUCAAGUGCAUGGAGAAGACGGGGAUCAGCAUAACAAGAGAGCUCAUGUGGUGGUGGGGAGUGAGGCUGGCGACAGUACAGCAGCUGCUGGACCUGCUGCAAGGACUGCAGCUCUACCGAGCGGCUCAAGUCAUUCUGGACUGGACAUCAGCCUCUAAUAUUACCAACUUUGAAAAAGAAGAGCUGGUAGAGCCGCCUAAACAGGAGAACAUAUCCUUAAAGCCCACAGAAAACAAAAAUAGAGAGAGAGAAAAUGAGAUAAGUCUGUUGCCAUCACCAGACUCUUCACAUCUGGGAGUAUCACCAGCAGCUAUCACAGGUGCUGUUUCUGAAGGAGCCUUGUAUUCACUCCCUUCACCACCACCUCCCCCAAGACACCUUUUGAAAUCCUUACAGUCAAAUCCUCCUGUCUCAUCAAGUGUGAAGCCUUGCAGCUCUUCUACUCCUCAGCAGGAGACAGUGACUGAUCUCCCCAGUGGGAGUCUUUUGUGGACCCAGAAGGAAGUUACUAAUGCCACAAAUGGUUUCAGUGACAAGAGCAGAAUUUGUGAAGGUACUUUUGCAGAUGUCUACAAAGGUCAGAGGAACAACAUGCUGUAUGUCAUCAAAAGACUGAAAGAGAUGGAAUGCACAAGCCCAAACUCUACCCAAAGAUUCUUUCAUACAGAAGUACAGAUUUGCUUUCGGUGUUGUCAUGUCAACAUUUUGCAGCUGCUGGGUUUCUCAGUAGAAACUGAAUUGCACUGUCUGAUAUAUCCAUACCUGCCUAAUGGAUCGCUACAAAACAAACUUCAGUGUCAAGAUGAUUCUGCUCCACUGACCUGGGAGAUGCGAAUUAGCAUUUCUACAGGACUCAUCCGAGCUGUAGAGUAUAUACAUAAUUUUGGAAUUCUUCAUGGGAAUAUCAAAAGCUCAAAUGUCUUGUUGGAUGAAAACUUUACACCAAAGCUUGGACAUUCAGGUCUGCGAUUGUAUUCUGUUGAUAAAAAAUCAGAAUAUGCUAUGAUGAAAACCAAAGUCCUACAAGCUUCUCUUACUUAUCUGCCGGAAGAUUUUAUCAGACAUGGGCAGUUAACAGGAAAAGUUGAUAUAUUCGGCUGUGGUGUGGUCUUAGCAGAGAUACUGACAGGGAUUAAGGCACUGGAUGAAGGAAGACACCCUAUUUAUCUGAAAGAUAUGAUUGCUGAUGAAAUUCAAAUAGCAAAAGAAAGCUCACACUCCAAAGUAAAAAAUUUUGAAAAGCUAGCUGCCAAGGAAAUAUGCUAUAAAUAUCUAGACAGGAAAGCAGGACACUUGCUGGAAGAAGUUGCUAUUGAUUUUGCCUCAGCCAUCUGCCUUUGUCUGAGAAAGAAGAAUUCUAACAUAGCAGAGGUGCUUGAAAUUAUGGAAAUAGCAGAAAAUAAAUUAAGAGAGCAUUACGUUUGUGAAGGCAGCACUUCUGGAUUCUCCUUGAAAACUCCAGAAGAAACUGAUGAUGAGACAACUAGUCUCAGCAUGGAUGUGCCUUCUGCGGGGGAGAAUAAAGAGGACAGCACACAGCCAGUGAUCCUGACAAGUGUCAAUCCAUGCACACCUUUAAUAGGAGUUGUGUCACCUGACAUUUACUGCGGACAAAUGUCAAGGGUCCCUUGUGAAUCAGAUGAAUCAAGUAGCUUUAUAUGGAAUCCUUCAGAAAGAUCUACAGAUGAGCUACCUAGCAACAGCUGUAAUUCAGAAAAUAUGGCAGCCUCUGAUGACAGGAUCAAGCAGGAAAAACCUGCAAAUGGACUCCAGGAAAGAAAUGCAGCAUGCACCAAAAGUGAUGACGUCUUGAAAACAGUGUCUACUGCACAGAACGCCUUUCAACAAAAAAAUGCAGAUCUCGACUCUUCAUGUUCUUCACAAGCAUUAGCCAGAGAGACAUCUUGGAAAAUAAAGAUAAAUGAUCAAAAAAAGAAGCUCAUGGAAAAUAUUUUGCUGUAUGAAGAAGACAAAUUAAACAGUUCUGAACUUUUUGAAACAUAA